GCUGCUGCCCACCUCAUGCCAGUCCACCAACUUCCAGUCGACUCGAGCCUCAAAGACGCUCCCAGUUUCUACACCCUUUUUGCAGACACUUCAGACUUCACACCUCCUGAUAGGCACCACAGCCUCCGAACUUUGUGGUAGAGAUCGGGCAGUCUUGCCAAGGGGUACCAUUUGCUCUGGUCCCUGUGAGGCUUGCUUUAGAAGUAGCUUUUUCGAGACUACCAAUGAAUAUGAUACAGGAGUUGUAUUUUACAGAGUCGAUUAG